UAGGGUAAUGGCAUCCAUUAAUUAGACUUCUCAAAUGAGUAAAUAUAAGUUUAUGGUUUAUUUUAACAUAACACAAUUCCUUACUAAUAUAACUGACAUACUUCGUCCAUUUUUUUCAGGGAGGCAUCUACUUUUUCCAGCUAAUAGACUACUAUGCAGCAUCUGUUUCUCUCAUGUACGUGGCCUUCUUCGAAAUAAUAGCUGUGGUGUGGAUUUACGGCGCUGGGAGAUUAGCUGAAAACUUAAAGGAAAUGACUGGAAAACUACCUUCGUUUUAUUUCCGUUGUUGUUGGUAUUUUGCUGCUCCUGUGCUCAUUUUUGCAAUCUGGAUAUUUUCUCUUGUAGACUACAAAAACCCAACCUAUGAUAAGGGCAAAUAUAAAUAUCCAGACUGGGCGAUUGGCACUGGCUGGAUAAUUGCGUCCUUGUCCAUUCUCCCGACUCCAAUCCUCGCUGUGGUUGAAAUCACCAGGGCUAAAGGUUCCACCCUCUGGGAAAAAAUUAGGAGUGCCACACAACCUAAAAUAGAGCAGUGCUCCUGCUGUGCAAGAACCCACAGCUGCCUGAACGAAGAUUAUUUUCUAAAGGAAGAGGUUCGUGAACAAAUGAAGCUGGUUGCAGUGUGAUUACCCUUUGUCUGAAAAAC